AUGAAAUUUGAUGAACUUCAACUAUAUGAUAUUCUCUCUCGUUAUCCUAGAUGUUUAGAACAUAAAAUAAUUAAGCCUGAAUCUGGAAUUUUUGAAAUUACUUUAAAUGAUCGACUUAAAAAGAAAUGGCAAGCAGCGAUAACUGAAUCAUUGCCGUUAUUUUUAAAUAGUUUUAAAUUUGGCACAAACAUUCUUAUGCGUCUUGAGAAAACAGGUACAGAAUAA